GGUCCCUUGAAACCAGUUCCUAUAAACAUCAAAACCACUACAAUCACCGACUUCCAACCAGACGUUUGUAAAGACUUCCUACAAACGGGGUAUUGUGGGUAUGGGGACACCUGCAAGUUCCUUCAUAUACGUGAGGAACUGAAACAACGGGCCCCUGUGGAAAAAGAAUGGGAAACCGUUAAAACAAAGACGGAUAAGAAGGACCUGGACAAAUUGCCUUAUAGGUGUGUUUUAUGUAAAGAAGAUUAUAAGAAACCGGUGAAGACGAUCUGUGGACAUAUUUUUUGUAAAGAAUGUUUUAUGAAACGCUUGAAAUUGCAGAAAAAGGCAAAAUGCUUUAUUUGCAACAAGGAUACCAACGGGACCAUUCAACCAAUCUCCCAAAAUCAACUACAGAAACUAAUU